GCUACCAUACGGCGUGAGGCGAAAAGCCGUCGCGACUUUUCGCGUCUAUUAUAAUACGCCAGCAGUUUGGACGCCGACGACGCCGCCGCGGCACACAUUACAAAAUCGUGGACUAUAUGCGCACAACUAUCAUUUAUUAUUAUAAUAUAAUUAAAAUAUCGUUCUGACGACGUCGCAGUUAUCGUAGUAUAUCAUUGGUUAUAAUAUGAGCAUCCAUGACACCGUCAUGAAAAGCCGAUCUCCGCCGGUUUUUCCGCGAACCGUCGCCUGCACGUCUUGCAGCCGAGGGGACUCGAUACGUGCCUCGCCGUCGUAUUAUAGUAAUAUUAUAAUAUUAUAGGUAAAUAUUAUACGACAUUUACAAUCGGUCUUCUUCGUGUAUACAAUAAUAAUUAUUUAAAAAAUUUAAAAUUUUUUUUUUUAUCAACUAUCUGCGGAAUCUGUCGUGGCCAUUGGACGCAACAAAUAAUAAUAAUAUACACCCUAUUGCGUCAAUUUAGGUACGUACCUAUAACAGUAAUAUUCAUGUCGCCGUCCACGGUGCAGAUGCAGAACCCCAACGGCUCGCCGUACAACGUGUCUUCCGCGCCGGAAUUCCGGCAGGAGGAGUCAACGGCCGUCGAAGAAAAACUCAUGGUGGCUGUAAGAAUAAGACCAUUAUCGACAAAUGAGACGGAUAGAAGCUUGUACGUGGUCGAUUCCAAGACUAUCGUCGUCGAGGAAACCGAAAAAGAAAGAGAUGACGUACUUCGGCAAAAAAGAACGGGACAAAAGCGUUAUGCAUUCGAUGUAGUUUUCGAUGAAGAUUCCACUCAGGACGAAGUAUACGAAAAGACGACGAAGAGCUUGGUGAAAGACAUACUCGUCGGUUUUAACGCCACCGUGUUUGCGUAUGGGGCGACGGGCAGCGGUAAGACACACACGAUGGUUGGACACGGCGGCGAGACGGGCAUCAUGGUCCGAGCUAUAAGCGAUUUGUUCGACAUUGUGAGCAAAAACGCUUACCGAUACACGGUAAAAAUGUCGUACUUAGAAAUAUACAACGAGAACAUCCGGGACCUCCUGAAUCCGGCGUCGGGUUUCCUGGAGCUCCGUGAAGACACGUCCAGGAACCGGAACAUCCAAGUGACCGGGCUUUCGGAAGUCGUGGUGGUGUCCAUAGAUGAGGUGAUGGGGCUGCUGCACCAGGGAAACCGGCAGCGGACGGUGGAGCCGACGGGCGUGAACAAAACGUCUUCCAGAAGUCACGCGCUGCUCAGCGUAACGGUGUGCAAGGCCUCCAGGACGGCGACGGCCGUGCGGCAAGGCAGGCUGUUCAUGAUCGACCUGGCGGGAUCCGAGAGAGCCAGCCACACCAAGAACCGAGGAAAACGGUUAAAAGAAGGGGCACACAUCAAUAGGUCUCUGCUGGCCUUGGGGAACUGUAUAAACGCCCUGAGUGGAGGAACGAACCCGCGAUUCGUAAACUACCGUGACAGCAAACUUACCCGGUUGCUUCGUGAGUCCCUUAGUGGAAAUUGUCGGACGGUAAUGAUCGCACACGUCAGCUCAGCGACGUCACAUAAGGACGAGACCAGGAACACCUUGAUCUACGCCGCCAGAGCCAGUGGUAUUUCACACAAGGUCGAGCGGAACGUUUUGAACGUGUCGUUUCAGGUGAAUCAGUAUAGGUCAGUUAUAUCGGACCUACGUAACGAAAUCUCACGGCUGAGAACGAAACUGGACGAGGGUCGGACAAAGUCUUCGAGCGGCCAGCACAGCGAUACGCCUGUGAACCAGAUAAGAGACCAGAUUGUAGGCACGUUCCGCGAACAAAUGAAGCUCAGGCGAAAGCUGAUGGACAUUGACGGACACUUGUUGUCGUUGGGCGUGGAGGCCGAACGACAACACCAAAUAAUCAGCCAAUGGGAGUCGAGAAACAAUAAACUGUACUGCCGGAGGACCAGUAGCCAGCGCAGGCCGAACACCAAGGGUUCCAACAACACUUCAAACACGGAUUCCUUUGACAACGACCAGCUAAACAUGCACCAGGCGUGGUCGGACCUGAGUUACAUUGAGCACGAACAGGAAAGGUACGUUGCGCUGAGGUCCAAAACAGUGAGCGAACUGGACGCGGUCCGUCAACAGGCAGUGGCCUUAGAGAAUAACCUUCCGAAACGUUUGGAUUCGGAGACGGAACGCGAGCUGCUCUCGUUGAUAUGUCGUGUGCACGAAUUGGAAGCCGACAAAAUGGCGUUGCAAGGCGAACGGCUAGUCGAGUCAUACGAGCUGCGCCGCAGAGGAGAUCUGUUGCACAAGAUGCACCGGCAACAGCGCAUAACCGACGACAUUAUCACGAAACAGCGGCAAAUCAUCGAAGGUCAAAACAUGCCGUUACCGACUGAUCUGAAAGAGCUGUACCGGUCGUACCAGCAAGAAAUACACGCCAACUCGUACAAUACGGACGUAAACGCUUUACCACUGACGUCUACCAUGCAGUCAAUCGACAAGAGUUUCGAGAAAGCAACCAUCGACGACCAACCAGAAAAAAAUCGGACGUAUACCGCUGAAAGUCGCGUUCAGCCGAUUACGCCGGAAUCAAGACUAUGCACGACCUCGAGCAACGAGAGCUUGGCUGCUGGCUUCGACUGGGAAAAGGACUCCGGAAGCUUGCCGCCUAUCAAUCAAUCGACUGUUGUUCCACACUCCAGAGACGAAAUUCCGUCGCCCGUUCCGGCUUCCGUGCUAUUUCCCCCGAUUUCCAAUCGCUUUCGAUAAAGUUUUUCAAUUCUUCCCGUUCCCCAAUUUAUGUCGAAAAUAUAAAUAAAAAACAAUAGGUUUAAUAUACUCGUAUUAUACAGUAUACACGUCCGUACGGCAUCCAGACGUCGCGUAUCUCAUAGUAUAUAGGUACCUAUUAUCCUGUCAUUUGUUUUUUCUUCAACUUUAAUAAAUUGAUGUCAUUCAUAUAGAUAUUAAUUAUUAUUUAUUUUAUUCACUAAUUGUUAUAAAAAUGGCAGUUCUAGGCCAUACUGUGUACUAACCGUUUGUGCAAAAAAUAAAUAAUUAUUGUAUUGGG